UGCUAUUUCUCAAGUGACAAGCUUUUAAUGUCAGAAUGGCUCACUUAAGGCGACUAGUAAAAUUAAAUCUUAAGAGACAUUACCAUAAAAAGUUCUGGAAGCUUGGUGCUGUAAUUGCUUUCUUCAUAAUAUUUUUGAUUUUAAUGCAAAGAGAAAUGAAUGUUCAAUAUUCCAAAGAGGAAACAAGGAUGGAAAGAAACAUGAAAAACAAAAACAAGAUGUUAGAUUUAAUGCUUGAAGCUGUAAACAAUAUUAAAGACGCAAUGCCAAAAAUGCAGAUAGGAGCCCCUAUCAGGCAAAGCAUCGAUGCUGGUCAGAGACCUUGUUUGCAAGGUUAUUAUACAGCUGCAGAAUUAAAGCCUGUUCUGGAUCGUCCUCCUCAGGAUUCUAAUGCACCAGGUGCUUCUGGGAAACCAUUCAAGAUAACCACUUUAACUGCUGAAGAGCUAAAGGAAAAGCAACUCGGGGAAGCCAAGCACUGUUUUAAUGCUUUUGCGAGUGACAGGAUUUCUUUACACCGAGACCUUGGACCGGACACUCGGCCACCUGAAUGCAUUGAGCAAAAAUUUAAGCGCUGCCCUCCUCUGCCUACCACCAGUGUCAUAAUAGUUUUCCAUAAUGAAGCAUGGUCCACACUGCUUAGGACGGUUCACAGUGUGCUCUAUUCUUCACCGGCCAUACUGCUGAAGGAAAUAAUUUUGGUGGAUGAUGCUAGUGUAGAUGAAUACUUGCACGAUAAACUAGAAGCCUACAUAAAACAAUUUUCCAUCGUGAAAGUCGUGAGACAAAAAGAAAGGAAAGGUCUGAUCACUGCGCGGUUGCUAGGAGCAACAGUGGCCACAGCGGAAACGCUCACAUUUUUAGAUGCUCAUUGUGAAUGCUUCUAUGGUUGGUUAGAGCCUUUGUUGGCCAGAAUAGCGGAGAACUACACGGCGGUUGUGAGUCCAGAUAUUGCAUCCAUAGAUCUUAAUACUUUUGAAUUCAACAAGCCUUCUCCCUAUGGAAGUAACCAUAACCGUGGAAACUUUGACUGGAGCCUUGCCUUUGGCUGGGAAUCCCUUCCUGAUCACGAGAAGCAAAGACGGAAAGAUGAAACCUACCCAAUUAAAACACCCACUUUUGCAGGAGGUCUUUUUUCCAUCUCAAAAGCCUAUUUUGAAUACGUUGGAACGUAUGAUGAAGAAAUGGAAAUCUGGGGAGGUGAAAAUAUAGAAAUGUCUUUCCGAGUGUGGCAAUGUGGUGGGCAGUUGGAGAUUAUGCCUUGCUCUGUUGUUGGACAUGUUUUUCGCAGCAAAAGCCCUCACACCUUUCCAAAAGGCACUCAGGUGAUUGCCCGCAACCAAGUUCGCCUCGCCGAAGUCUGGAUGGACGAAUACAAGGAAAUAUUUUAUAGGAGAAACACAGAUGCGGCAAAAAUUGUCAAACAGAAAUCAUUUGGUGACCUUUCAAAGAGACUGGAAAUAAAGCACCGCCUUCAAUGUAAAAACUUUACAUGGUAUCUGAACACUAUUUAUCCAGAAGCAUAUGUGCCAGACCUUAAUCCUGUGAUUUCUGGAUAUAUUAAAAACUUAGGUCAGAAUCUAUGUCUGGACGUUGGAGAAAAUAAUCAAGGAGGAAAACCGUUGAUUAUGUACACGUGCCAUGGACUUGGGGGGAACCAGUACUUUGAAUACUCUGCCCAGCACGAAAUCCGGCAUAACAUUCAGAAGGAAUUGUGUAUUCAUGCUGCCCAAGGUCCCGCUCAGCUGAGGGCAUGCGCCUACAAAGGUCACGGGACAGUUCCUGCCGCAGAACAGAUCUGGGAGAUCCAGAAGGAUCAACUUCUAUACAAUUCAUUCCUACAAAUGUGCCUUUCAGCAAAUGGGGAGCAUCCAAACUUAGUGCCCUGCAAUCCACCAGAUUCACUCCAAAUAUGGACUUUUAGCCCAAAUGAUUAAGUGUUCCUUAAACCUAAGGAGGUAGAAAAGGAGGUAUUCUUUCUCAUAAAACUGUGACUAGGCAUACACUGUAGUUUUUGUUUUCGUUUUUGAAAAUUAUGCAAAAGCAGCUAACUGUAACUUAUUCCAAGUGCAUUUUUCUUAUUUAUAUCUUAAAAUAUCUACAUAGUAUUGCUACAGAAAUCCUUUAAGUUUCUGUUUCAAAGCACAAUAAUUAGUAAUACCAAAGACUAUGGAAAUGUCCAGGUGUAGGGAAAGACAUGUUUACAGUAUGAAGAAAGUAGUUUGCUGAGUAAGGUGACUUUUGUGUGUUUUGUAUCCAUCAGAAUAGACAACACUACAUUCACACAGUCACAAUUUAAAAUAUUCCUUUUCGUUUUUUGGGGGAGGGAGAAAGAUUUGAUACUGUAUUUUUUUAAUGACACAGAACUAGACCAAUGAAGGUCAGACAUUGACCUUUGUGCACAAUCCAGGAAAUUUUUACAGAUGUAGAAUUUAUUAUUUAAAAAUCUAGGCAAAAGUAUCUUGCCUUUUGUAUAACUUGUCUGUCAAGUGUUUUCCUUACACAUGAAAUUAAAUGAAUAAGAUGAAUGUUUUUAACUCUUCAAUUUCUCAGAAAAGUUGAAAAUAUAUUUUUUUAAAUCUGAAACCCACUCCACUUGAAGCACUUAAGUCUUCCUUAAAUAACUUUUCUUGAAUAACUAGAUUGCAUGUUUUCUAAAAGUAAUGAGGGGAAAAAAGCUUUAUGAGUUACUAUUUGUUGAAAAGUUGUUUAUUUCCAUGUUCUUCUGUUAAUCUUGUUAUUUUCUCACCAUAAUUCACUAAUCUUGAAUAUUUGUGCAAUUAAAUUUCAAAUACAGAAUACUUGACUAAAUUGAUGCUACAUUUUAUGUGAUUGAUUAAGUUAUAGUGGUCUUUGUAUUGCUUGUUUUUAUCAACAAAAGCCUUCUUUUUAUCUACAUGGGAACAAUUUAAAAAUCUGAAAUGCUACUUUAACCAUUUGAUUAAGUUUUUUUUCUCUCUUAGAGGAAAUAUCUAAUAAUUGGUGAAGGAAACUUAAAUGUCAUAUAAUGAAUUUUUAAGCACCUAAUGUUUAUAGAGCCAUCAUAUAAAUCUUAAGAAAAACAUUUGAUAAUAAUGGCCUUAAGAUGAAAACUGGAGAAAAUUCUAUAUUAGAUAUUUAAAAUAUUUUGUACUAAUUUCUGAUAACUAUUUUGACAUCUGAUUAAAGAACUCAAAAAGCAAGUAUGAUGCUUACUUAGAAGCCUAAUACUCUUUUCUUUUUGAUCAGUUUAUGUGUAGAUUUCUUAUAUUCUCAUUCCAGAAAUAGAAAUGUGAUUGACAUCAUAUUUUAAACCCAGAAGACCCUCAACUGUA